GCAGAACGGAUCGUGCUUCCGGGACGGAUCAGGUAGGGAGAGAAGGUAAUGAACUGGUUGCCAACCGCCAUAAAACCAUAAAAUAAUAAUAAUAAUAACAUUAAUAAGAAGAAGCAGCAGCAGCUGGUUCCUGCGGCCGCCUGAAGCAGCCAUGAUGUCCGUCAGCCUCAUCCUGCUGUGCGGGCAGCUCCUGCUGCUCCUCUCCGUCAUCUUCCUCCAGUGUCUGGAAGGGAUCCACUCCCACAACUCCAGCUCCCCCUCCGCUGCUCCUGCCUCCUCUCCUCCCGCAACGAGCGCCUCCUCUCCUCCCGCUCCGGGCGCCUCCUCUCCUCCCCUCAGCCAGCAGCCAGGGCCUCAGAAGGAGGAAGCUCCGGCGGAGAACAGCAACAACAGCACCGAGAUGUUUGAGUACAAGCCUCCAUCCCCGGUGGUUCUCUGCCGCUACCUACCCGAGGAGUUCAUCUACUGCCAGGAGCCGGUGGACCAUGCUGGAAACGACAGCGCCCUUCGGGAGAUGGAGUACGGCUGCGUCGGGUGGGGCGGCCAGACGAAGAAGGAGGUGAACCACACCAAGGUUCUCUGCACGGCACUGGAUGAUAUCGAAUGUGCCGGUCCGAGGGAGUUCCUCCGAGGAGACGUGCCCUGCAUCAAAUACACGGGCCACUACUUCAUCACCACGCUGCUGUACUCCUUCUUCCUGGGAUGCUUCGGCGUCGACCGCUUCUGCCUGGGCCACACGGGCACGGCGGUGGGCAAGCUGCUCACCCUGGGGGGCCUGGGGAUCUGGUGGUUCGUGGACCUGAUCCUGCUCAUCACCGGCGGCCUCAUGCCCAGCGACUACAGCAACUGGUGCACCUACUACUGAGGGGGCGGAGCUUCUGCAGCUGCUGCUGCUGCACCGGCAGACACGGCGUGGGCCCGCCGGCUGAUGGUGCUGUGGGCCGUUCUGGAGAGGAACUCUGCGGGCGAACAGGAUCCAGACAUUUAAUACAGACGUUGUUUGAAAUGUUUGCCUGCAAACGAGCAGAGCUGGUUUCUACGUUCAGGAACUCUGGAAGAAACAGAAACGCUUUGGAUCAUUUUCUCUCAUUUUCUCUGAUUCCAAUAAAACAAAGAUAAACAGACAUGAAUGACGCUUUAAAGCCUGGAAACUGAACUAGUUUAGAAGAAUAUCUGCUGACUCACGCUGACUGAUGCAUCUGAUGGCGGCUCCUUCGCUUUUCCUUCAGUUUUCUGUCUCAGACGCGCAGCGUUUCCUCUGGAGGAGAAUGAAGGAG